CGGCGUUACAUUUCGUCAGAGAGCAUUUAAUAAUUUUUAACGUGCGACACGUCAAGCAAUCACGUGAGGACUACAACAUCGUUCAUUGAUGCAACGACAUCGUUCGCAUUCUGUACUGGACUCAUGCAUAAGUCAUGACGUUAAAACAUUGGGGGCAUUCCGUACUGCAAUUGUAGAUCCAUCUUGUAAAAGGUCGUCUUCUUCAACCCGACAAAUCGAAGCUUAUGCCAAUUCGAAGGACGAUCAACACUGUAUAUAGUCUCAAACACACAACAAUAUUUCACAUUCAGAUCUGUAUAUUGUUGAAUAAGGGAUUGCAGCUGCAUUUCGCAGUUGGCAAAUAAUUCUGGAUUGGAAUGUCGGAUAAUCAUAAUCAAGAGCAGGUCUUAGGAGGUUCUGGAGCUCAGGAAAAUGAAGGUGAAGGGUUUUCGAAUGGGUUUGUCUAUGUGGAUUCCUCCGUCGAUCCCUCCCGACCACUCGGUGCAGCUGGAAGUUCCAAUGAGGAAGAAGUUUCAGUUUUUACAGUUCCAGCUGAUGUAGCUGACAUGCCUGAUUCAGUUAUUCAGGAGCCCAGCUCUCUGCAGGUGGAGCAUGUCAACCAGCGUGAUGGGGUUUUGGUGACUAGGGCUGAUUCGAUACCAGAGGAUGGAAUUAGAGACGACAUGUUUGUGGAUUGCCCUGAUGAGUUAGUUGGAUAUGAUGGGAGAAAUUCUGAUAAUAGGGAACCAGCGGUAAUUCCUGAAACCCAACCGAGGAUGGAAGAAAAGGAUGAUAAGCAGGAGACUCAUUUUCUUGAAUCGGACAGUCGAGGCCAAGUUGAUGACUUGAUGGAAGAGCUGGAGCACUUGCGGGCUACGCUUGAGAAAACUGUCUCUGAGAAAGAGAGCUUAUCAAGGGAGCAUGAGGAAGAAAGAGAGGCAUUCGUGAAAGAACGGUUACAGACUGAGGCCACUUUCAGAGAACUCCAAUCAAAUCUCUUUUCGAAGGAUGAAGAAAUUGGAUAUCUUCAUGCAAAGAUUUCUGAACUUUCAGAAUUUUCCAAAGCUCAGCAUGGGGAGGACCAGUAUAUUGAGGCUAUUGCAAGCAGGUUGUUAGCUUCUCUUGCCACAGCUGUUCAUCAAGAAGAAUUGUUGGAUGGAUCUGUUAUAGCAAAAAUAUCUCAUGUUGAGAAAAGCUCCUCCCUCUUAAUUGAGAAGUAUAAUCUGUUCCUUUCUGAAAUUGAACUACUUAGGCAAUGUUUGACUCAGGAAAGGUCAGAUCUUAGUCUGCAAGACGAAUUUCAGUUAAUUUUUGUUGCUGCACGUGAUGAGUUGCUUGGGUUUAAACGAAAAGAAGUAGACUUGGCACAGAAAAUAAGCCAUUUAGAGGCUGAAAAUAUGAAACUAGUGAAACAAAUUGACAAAUACAAAGAAAUGGCAAAUGCAGAAAUUGGAAAACUCAAAGUGGAACUUGAACAGGAGAAGACAAGGUGUGCCAACACCAAAGAAAAGCUCAGCAUGGCUGUGACAAAAGGGAAGGCAUUGGUUCAGCAGCGUGACGCUUUGAAGUAUUCUCUUACUGAGAAAACAAGUGAAGUUGAGAAAUGUUUGAUCGAAUUGCAUGAGAAGUCAAGUGCCCUACAGGCUGCUGAACUAAGUAUGGUCAAUAGUGAAAAUUUGGCCACUUCAUUGCAGGAAACACUCUCACAAAGGGAUGCUGUUAUUGAGAAAUGUGAAGAAAUAUUGUCUGAGAUUGGUGUCCCCGAGGAGCUUCAGUCAGUAAAUAUUAUAGAGAGAAUUAGAUGGCUUGUGGAUGAGAGUAAUGUACUGAAGGGUGUCUCUGUGGAAUUCAACAAACUGAAGGAUGUGUUAUCUUUGAUUGAUUCACAGGAAAAUGUUUCAUCUUCCAACCUGGAAUCUAGAAUUGUUUGGCUUGUGGAAUCAUUUUCCCGGACCCAAGUUGAAGCUAAUAAGUUGCAAGAUGAAUUUACUGUAACAAUUGAAGCUGCACAUGAGGAUGUUGACCGCUUAACCACUUCGCUUUUGGCAGAAAUUCAGGAAAAGUGUUACCUACAAGAGGAGUUGGAAGGUCUAAAGCACAAGUAUGAAGAAAUUAUUGAAAAGGGGCGUAAAGUUUCACUGGAGAAGGACCAUAUGGUUAAUAUGUUGCUGGAGGCAUCUGGAAUUACAAUGGACAGUCAAGACGAGGUCUAUCAGCCUCCCUCUGACAUGGCCAUUCUUAUAGACAGAUGCUUAGCGAAGGUAAAAGAACAAAGCCAUGUCUCUGUUGAAUCAUCAUCUUCUGUUGAGGCAGAAAUAUUUGAAAGAAUUCAAUCUCUCUUGUAUGUAAGGGAUCAGGAUUUGAUACUAUAUGAGUUAAUAUUAGAAGAAAUGAUGGAUAGAUCAGAGGUCAACAAUCUAUCGAAUGAGUUAAGAGUGGUGUCUGAAGAGCUUCAAGCACUAAAAGUUGAGAAAGACUCUCUGCAGAAAGAUUUUGUGCGAGCUGAGGAUAAAUCUGCUCUACUGAGAGACAAAUUAUCUCUGGCUGUUAAGAAAGGCAAGGGAUUGGUUCAAGAGAGGGAAAACAUGAAACAACUUCUGGAUGGCAAGAAUGCUGAAAUUGAGAAGUUAAAGCUUGAGUUACAGCAGCAAGGAUCUGCAUUUGGUGAUUGCCGGGAUCAGCUUGAUAAAUUGUCUUCUGAUGUUGAAUGCAUACCAAGGUUGGAAUCUGAUAUUGUUGCUAUGAAAGAGCAAAGGGAUCAACUUGAGCAGUUCCUAGUGGAGAGCAAUAACAUGUUGCAGAGAGUGAUUGAGUCCAUUGAGGGUAUUGUUCUCCCUGUUGAUUCAAUUUUUGAAGAGCCUGUAGAGAAGGUGCAAUGGAUUGCACAGUAUCUGAUUGAAUGUGAGGUUGCAAAGACACGUGCAGAGCAGGAGUUGGGGAAAAUAGAACUGGAAACUAAUUCUCUGGCCGACAAAUUAACUGGAGCCUACACAACUAUGAAAUCACUGGAAGAUGCAUUGUCGGUUGCAGAAAAUAAUAUUUCUCAGCUUGCUAUUGAAAAGAAGGAACUAGAAGCAGGAAAGGCAUCUGCACAACAGGAGUUGCAGAAAACAAUGGAGGAAGCUUCUUCUCAAGCUGUCAAGUUUGCUGAUGUUUCUGCAACUAGAAAGUCACUUGAAGAUGCAUUAUCGCUUGCAGAAAAUAACAUCUCAGUGCUUAUCAAUGAGAAAGAAGAAGCGCAGAUUAGUAGAGCUGCUUCAGAAAAGGAGCUAGAGAAAAUGAAGGAGGAAGUUUCAUUUAAAACUAGUGAACUUGCGGAGGCCUAUGGAACUAUAAAAUCACUCGAAGCUGCACAACAGGAGUUGCAGAAAGCAAUGGAGGAAGCUUCUUCCCAAGCUGCCAAGUUUGCUGCUGUUUCUGCAACUAGACAGUCACUUGAAGAUGCAUUAUCGCUUGCAGAAAAUAACAUCUCUGUGCUUAUCAAUGAGAAAGAAGAUGCGCAAAUUAGUAGAGCUGGUUCAGAAAAGGAGCUAGAGAAAGUGAAGGAGGAAGUUUCUUUUAAAACUAGCAAACUUGCGGAGGCCUACAGAACUAUAAAAUCACUUGAAGAUGCACUGUCUCAGGUGGAGACAAAUGUUUCUUUGCUUGCUGAAGAAAAUAAUAAUGUACAAGUUGGUAGAAAUAUUUUGGAGAUUGAAAUAAAGAAGCUGAGAGAAGAAGCUGAUUCCCAGGCCAGCAAGCUUGCAGAUGCCUACUCAACUAAUAAGUCACUGGAAGAUGCACUGUUGAAGGCAGAGAUUAAUAUUUCUGAACUUGUUCGUGAAAAGAAAAAUGCUGAGCAGGAAAUAUCAACACUAGAGUCCAGAUUAGAUGCAUGUAUUGAAGAGUUGACUGGAACCCGUGGCAGUGUAGAGAGUAGGUCUCUGGAGCUCUCUGGUCAUGUUAACAGCCUUCAAUUGUUCUUAAAAGAUGAUACCCUGUUGAUCUUACUGAGACAAAGCUUUGAAAGAACUUCUGCAAGCCUGAAAAAUAUGGACCUCCUUCUUAAAGACUUAAAGGAUCAUUUUGUUGAGAUGGGUUUGGAAGUGCUGCCAAAUCAUGAGGAAGAUUCCUUUGUGUCAAAGCUCAUCUCAGCUGGCCUUGAUGAUAUUGGGAAAUUUGAAAUGGACAAUGGCGUAGUGGAUGCAGCAGAUGGUGAUGACAUCCCAUCAUAUUUUAGGAAGGCAGUGGAUGGGUUUCAUUUGAGAAAUAGGAUUCUUGCUGAUAAAGUUGAAGGUUUCUCUACUACCUUGGAUGAACUUAUUGUAGCUCUUUUGACAAAAUUACAGGCAACAAGAGAUAAAGUAAUAAAUACGUUCAAGCACAUGAAAUCUUUGAACGAAAAAGUGAAAAAUAUGGAAUUGGAUAGACACGAACAGGAGAAUACAAUAGCCAUGCUGGAAAAUGAUAUUACCAUUUUACUAUCUGCUUGUUCCAAUGCCACUCAAGAUCUGGAGAAUGAAACUCAGAACCACCCACUGGAGCUUAGCUCUGCCUCCGAGCUGGAAAAGUUGAAUCAGUGUUCGAUCACAGAAGUGAGAAAAGUUGUUGGAGAUGCAGUAGCAGAGCAUCAGCAGAGUCCUAACAGAAGCAAGUAUGUCCAGACUGCAGAGAAGCUGUUAUUCAGUGCUACAAAAGUUCGAGCUAUUAUUAAACAGUUUGAGAACACAAGGAAUGUAUCGGCCAAUGCAACUGAAGACUUACAGAAUAAUUUGAAAGAGACCAGAAAAACUUUGGAAAAUGCCAUAGAUGAAAGGGCUGUAAUUCAAAAUCGGGUUUCCGAGUUGGAGAAUGAUGUAGAAGCAUUACAAAACUCAUGCAGUGAGAUGAGACUCAAGCUUGAAAGCUAUGAGGCAAUAGAGGAUAAGUUGAAGGAAAGAGAAGCAGAACUUUCAUCAUUAUACAAUUCUUCAUUGAUGAAAGAACAAGAAGCUGAAGGUCCUGUUCUAUCAGCAUCCCAAGUGAAAUCUCUCUUUGAUAAGAUAAGUGGGAUUGAAAUCCCUUUUGCAGAAUUCAGAAGCGACCCUGAGCCCUGUGAUUCUGCCAAUGUAAAAAAACUCUUUUACAUAAUUGAUACUAUUGCUCCAUUGCAUAAGAAGGUGAACGUAUUAUCUCAUGAUAAAGAAGAGCUGCAGUCAGACCUUGCAAAGCAGAUUCUUGAAAUUGAACAUUUGAAGGAGAAAUGCGAAGAACAGAAUAAAAAUGAUGAAGACUACAAGAUGAUGAAAAGUGAGUUGUUUGAACUGGCAUUAGGUUUGGAGAAUAUUAUUCAGAAGUUGGGAGGUAAUGAGUUAGUUGUAGACCAGAAAUCUGCUGGUGCGAGAGAACUCUUGCCAGUAUUAGAAAAGUUGGUUACGGCCAUUGUUCUGGAAUCUGAAAAUUCAAAAUCCAAAGCUCAGGAACUUGGUGCGAAGUUGCUCGGGAACCAAAAGGUGGUAGAUGACCUUUCGACCAAGGUUAAAUUACUUGAAGACUCUAGUCAAGGUAGGUUUGUUUCACCAGAGACUCUCCAGGAAAGAAGCAUCUUCGAAGCACCUUCGUUGCCUCCUCGGUCGGAGAUAUCUGAAAUUGAAGAUGUGGGACCGAUUGGAAAAAAAGCAAUUUCCCCUGCCGCGUCUGCCGCCCAUGUACGGACUUUGCGAAAGGGAUCUAGUGACCACCUUGCACUUAAUAUCGAUUCAGAAUCUGACCGCUUGAUCAACAGUGAGGAAACUGAUGAAGAUAAAGGUCAUGUAUUCAAAUCUCUUAAUACAUCGGGUCUAAUUCCAAGACAAGGGAAGAUGGUUGCAGAUCGAAUUGAUGGAAUCUGGGUUUCUGGUGGUCGAGCUCUGAUGAGUCGUCCGGUCGCAAGGCUAGGCCUUAUUGCCUAUUGGCUCCUCUUGCAUAUGUGGCUACUGGGCACCAUUUUGUAACGAGCCUUUUGUUCAUUCUCUCUAAACCACACCAACUUCAUUUUUUGUUUGCAAUUGUAUCAUAGAUAAAGUCAUCUUAUCCAUUCUUUUCUUUUCAUUUUCUGAAUGUAUCUGCUAUCUUUAUGUUCAUGUCAUUAAACCCUAUUUUGUAUCUCUGAAAUCGCAUUUUAGGGUUUCAGAGAAUGGAAGGCUUCAUGUUAAUGUAGAACGUUCAAUAUAUUUGUAUCA